AUGCAGCAUUCUUCCAAACUCAGCUCACCGGGCACUCAAAAUUCUAAAAAUCGAUCCAAGAAGCACCUGAGCAACGAUUUGCAAAACUUAUGUACUUACAAAACAUAUUCACCAAGUAGAGAUAAAUUCAAUGAUAAUGCAAGGAUAGCCAGUUAUGGCCAUUCAGGUGAUGAAGAUCAAUUAUUAGGGCAAAAUCUCACUCCAAGGUCCGAUCAAACUUUGAAAAAUGUAGAAACUAUGUGAUUUGAAAGCGAGCUUACAAAAAUUAUAAAUGAAUUGAAUGGAUUUGCGCCAAAUAAAACUAAAUUGGAAAGCAUGCCCUCAAUAAUUUUGGAAAAAAUUAGAGCAAUGAAGAGUAAUGAAAGAAUUUUACAGCAAAAAUUGAAUGAGAUGAUGAAUAAUGCAAAUUAUAAGGUGAUAUUUAUGUAGAAUCCUAACAAUAGGGGCAAUGAAGAAGCUUUUGAGAAUAAAAUCAUUGAAAAGUAUCAAAAAAAGAUCAAUGAACUGAAGCACAGCCUAGAGAACAAGUAUCAGGAAGAAAUUAAUGAGUUAAAGCAGAUACUAGAGCAAAAAGAGGCAAUUUUAAACUCACAAGAGUCCACCAUGAAAGAUUAUUGAGAUCGUGCAGUAGAACUUAAGAAUAGAUGCGCAGAAUUACAAAAAGAAAAUGAUAUCAUAAAAUCUCGAAAUGAGCAGCGCUUGUCUAGAAGUCCAAAUAGAAAUAAUGUUGAAUCAAAAACGGAAACAAUUGAAAAAAUAUAUAGAGACUUGGAAACCUCAAACUUGGCCUUAGAAAGAGAAAAUAAUAGAUUAAAAGAAAAAAUUCAAAAUUUGAGCAAUCAAUCAGUUGAAAAGUCAAACAUUUGGCGUAAAUCUGAAUUAGAAAAUGAAAGAAGUAAUAACGAUAUGCUAAAAAAAGAAAUAAAAGAUUUGAAGCAAGAGUUAGCUGCUUUAACCGAAGGCAAAAGGCAACUUAUUAAUAGUGAGAAUAAUUAUAAAAGAAAAAUUGAAAAAUUGCAAAAAGAAAUAAAAGAAAACAGCCAAAUACCAAAUAUUGGGACUCUUGAAAAUAACUUAUCUAAGGCAUCAUCAGUAAUAAAUGAAUUGCAAGAGAAAAGUCAUAAUCUUGAAGAGUGCAAUAGCCAGCUAUCAAAGAAAAAUGAAGACUUACGAUCAGAAAUAAUUGAUUUAAAACUAAAAUUAGCAGGAUCAGAAAGCAAUUCCAAUUUAUAUCUUACCUCCAAGAUAAAUUAUGAUAGACUCUUAAAUGAGUCAAAGUCAGAGAAAAACAGAUAUGAAAGGCUGAUUAAGGAAUUAAGAGAAGAAAUCGAAAAAUUAAAUAGAGAUCUUCACUCUUCAAAUCAAAGUAAAAAAGAAUUGCAAAAGAAAAAUGAUGAUUAUUGGCAAAAUUUCAAUCAAGCUCUAAGUGAUAUUGCAGCAAAUGAAGCUGAUAUUAAGAGACUUAAAGAUGACUUACUCCCCCCUCCAUGAGCGAACAAAAACAUUAGAAAAAUCCCUAUUUUUUGCCCAAAAACCCACCCUCCGUGAGCGAACAAAAAUUUUUUUAAUAGAAAAAUUUUUAUAUGAAAAUAAAUAUAAUUAUUAUCAUUAAAUCUCUAGCUAAUUCUGUUUAAUUUUAAACAAAAAUUGUGUUUUUAAAACAUAAAUUUUACAAAUUAAAUUAAUAUUUGCUUCCAAUUUUUGCGAAGUUGGGAUUUUUUUAAAUUUCGAAAAAAAAUAUUCUAUAAAUUUAUAUAUAAAUUUUUUAAAAAAAAAAAAAUACCCCUUCCGUGUGAGCGAACAAAGAUUUUUUGUUCGCUCACAGAGGAGUUAGAAUCCAAAGAUCUAAUAAUAAGACGCUAUAUAAAAGAAGUUCAAAGUCUUGAAAAUUAUAAAAUUAAACUUAUAGAGCAGAUAAAUAGCUAUGAAAAUAUAAGGCUGCGUACUGAAACUGAGCUUUAUCCAUUGAAUCAAAAACUUAAAACACUCGAAAUAGAAAAUAAGCGUUUUGCUCAAGAAAAUUCAAAUUUGAGAGAAAAUAUAAAAGAAUUAGAAGCUGAUAUUAAGCAGGCUAGGAAUCUUUUAAAUGAAAACCAAUCCAUAAAACAGAAAAUUAAAGAUCAAAACAGUGAACUUGAAUCAAAAAUAAUUGCAAACGAGGGAUUAAGAAAAGAAUUGAGCGAAUUAAAUAAUAAACUAGCAGAAGAAACAUCUAAAAACAAAAACCUCACAACACAAUUAAAAAAUAUUCAAUAUGAUAGCAAAGCAAGCAUCAAUAGCAUAGGAGACCUGACUAAAAAAAAUGAAUCAUUACAAUCUCAGCUUAAAAAGCAAUCAGAAGAAAAUAGUAAUUUGAAAGAGGCUAUUGACGACUUGAGGAAUGAAUUCUUACUCCCCCCCCUCCGUGAGUGAACAAAACCAUUAGAAAAAUCGCUAUUUUUACCCAAAAACCCACCCUCCGUGAGUGAACAAAAAUUUUUAAAAGAAAAAUUUUUUAUGGAAAAAAAUUUUGAUAUAUAAGUGAUAAUUAGCAUAAUGAAAUAUAGUGUUGAUUCUGUUUAAUUUUUAACAAAUUGCUUUUUAAAACAUAAAUUUUAUAAAUUAAAUUAAUAUUUGCGUUCCAAUUUUUGCGUAUUAGGAUUUUUUUAAAUUUCGAAAAAAAAAUAUUUUUUUAUAAAAUUUAUGUAUAAAUCUUUUUAAAAAAAAAAAUUAACCCCCUCCGUGAGUGAACAAAAUUUUUUUGCUCACUCACGGAGGGGGGAGUUAACAGAAUGUGAAAAAUCAAAAACAGUCGAAAAUAAAAUAGAAAUGAUUAUAGAAAAAAUAUUGAAUUAUGAAGAAAUUGAAAUUGGUCACACUAUAGACGGAGGUUUAGAUGAUUUAGCAUUGGCUGUGAAUAAAAUGAUAAAAAAAAUCAUAAGCCUGAAUAAUGAAAUUGACAAAGAUGAUAUGGAAAUUAAGGAAUUAUCUUAUAAAAAUGACUCUCUUUUAAAUGAAAUAAGCAGAUUGAAAAUUUCCCUGGAAGAAGCUCAGUCCUUAAAAAUUAAAUUUGAAAUCCAAGAUGAUAAAGAAAAGAUAAAAAGUUUAGAAAAAUUAUAUAAAAAUUCAUUAGAAAAAUUAGAAGCGGCUAAAGAAGAACUUGAAAAUCGAGCAAAAUUGAAUAAGGAGCUUGAAGUUAAACUAGGAGGACUUAUCAAUCUAAACGAAGAGCUCCAAGAUUCUUUAUCAAGAUAUAGCCCAUACCCUAUAUAGAUUUCUAUAUCUACCAAAAUAUAAUGGACUAUUGAACGAGCAAUACAGAUUCUCUCAAAGAGAUGAACUCAAUCUCUAUACCAAGAAGUGCUAAAAAGUGACAUGUCAAAAAAUGGUGAUAAGUGUGAGAAAAGUUGACAAUAAACGCGCCAAUUUUUAAAAAUGGCUUUAUUAUUAAAUUAAUUUAAAAUUUAAGAUGCCUAAUUAGACUGGAUUGAUUAAUACCUUGCUUGGAUUAUUAAAUACUAGUUAACAAAUUUAAAUUGACUUAAAAAAUAAAAAACUUGUCAAUUGAGUUGCUUUAUUGCGAGAGGAUAGAAUUUGUUUAUGAUCAACUGCUCUAUAAAUAUCUUGCGCUUGUUGUUCUUUUAGAAAUUCUUAACGACUCAUUUUAUGGUUUUAGCAAAUUUAAAUGGAAUUGAAAAUUAACAAAUAUCAAUCAAGUUGCUUUUUUGCGGAAGGAUAGAAUUCUAAAUAAGCAAUGCUAAUUUAAUUAUGAUUAAUUGUUCAUAAAAUCUAAAGUUUAUAUUGAAUGCUGAUAGUUCUUUUCGGAGUUCUUAACGAAUUAUUAUAUUUUCAUUAAAAAUGGGAUUGAAAAAUAAAAAACUUUUUGUUCAAGUUGCUUUUGUGCGAAAGGAUAAACAAUGCCAAUUUGUUUAUUGUCAAUUGCUCUGUAUAACCCAAAGUUUGUAUUGAAUACUAAUAGCUCUUUAUGAAGUUCUUAUGGUUCAUAUUUAUGCUCUCUAACAAAGUUAAAUGGAUUUAAAAUUUAAAAAAUUUAUGGAUCGAGCUACUUUUUUCUGACAGUAUAAAUCUUUAAAUAAAAAAUAAUGUUUUAUAUAUAUUAUCUUCAGUAUAGAGAUUAAGCUCAUCUCUUUGAGAGAAUCUGUAUUGAUCGUUCAAUAGUCCAUUAUAUUUUGUUCGAUAUAAAAAUCUAUAUAUAGCGGUAUGAGCUAUAUAAAUCAAAUGAAGAAAAAUUAGCAACAAAACUCAAAAAAUAUAAAGACAUGGUUAAAGAUCUAGAAAAACAAAACUCAGAUCUUUUAUAUGAAAAUUUAAAUUGGAAAAAUAAAGAAAGCAACUAUAUUCAGGCAAAAGAAGAUAUUGAAAAGCUAAAAGUCACUGUUGAAAAAUUAUCGAAUAACUUUUUGAAAGAAAUACAAAGUAAGGAUGCAAUAAUAUCAGACUUAAAUAAACAAAUUGAGAUUAACCGGAAUAAUUUUCAAGCAGAAAUUAAAGCCAAAGAGGACAAAAUUUUUGAGCUAGAGAAUGAUAUUGAAGCUUUAAUUGAGGACCAAAAGGACCAAGAACAUGAUUUGAUGCCAUAUGGAAUUAUUGAAGAAAAGUUGAGUAAGGAGAGAGAGGAGGAUAAAAGUAGAAUUAAUAGAGAAUUGCAAGAAACAAAGGAAAAAUUGGAGGAGUCUGUUAAAAAAUACAAUGAAAGUCUGAAAAUUAUUGAGCUGAUGGAAGACCUAAAAUUGAAAAUGAAUGAUAAAAUUUCAAAUUUAACUGAAGAAUGUGAGACUAAAGAUCAGGAUCUUAAAACAUAUACUUUGGAACGUUUAUAGCCUUGAGCUGUAAGCCCAGCUUAUAGAUAGGAUUCAUCUCCAAAAUUGUUUAGAGACUACACAAGUCAAAAUAAGAAUGCAUUUGCCACCAUCAGUCUUAAUCUGGCAGCUUCGUAAAAAACCCUAUUUUCAAGUUUAAGGUGAGCUAUGAGACGCUCUAUGCUAUAUAUUGACAAAUAUAAUCAAAGUCAAUCUACUAUUGAUGAAAUAGCAAAUAAAAAUUGUAUACUAAAUGAUAAGCUUUCUCAGCUUAAAUUAGAGCUAGAAAAAUAUAAGGGCGAAGCAGAUAUCACUGAUCAGAUAAGACUUGAUUUAGAAAAAAAGCAUGAACUCUAUAAAGCAUCAACAAAUAAGCUUAUAGACACUCAAAAGCAAAAUAUUUCUUCCUUAAUGCUGAUUAGCAAAUUAAUUAUUUUUUUUAGAAAAUUGAUUUUUUUAUGAUAUAAAACUAGUCUUAAAAAUAGGACUCAAAAAAUAUUAUUAAGAAGGAGAGCUAGAAAAUGAAAUUUCUGAAUUGAAGGAAAAUCUCAAGCGUAUUAUUACUGAAUCGGAAAUGAAAGAUAACGAGUAUGAUACAAAUAUAUCAGAACUUCAAAAUAAAUUCAACGAAAACCUUCGGUACUUGCAAAUUCUGCAAGACAAUUAUAAUUCUCUACUGCUUAAAGAAGAAAAUAGCCAAAAAUUAAUGUCAAAGCUUGAAAAGAAAAAGAAAAAGAUUGAAAAUCUAAAAGCAAACAUUUUAGAUUUAAGCAAGUCAAAGGAAGAAAUGGAGAUUAAGAUCCAGGAUCUCACAAAAGAUCUAUUACUCCCCCCCUCCUCCAUGAGCCAAAAAAAUUAGAAAAAUCCCUAUUUGUGACCCAAAAACCGACCCUCAUGAGUGAACAAAAAUUUUUUUAAUAUAAAAAUUUUUUUAUAAAAAAAAAUUUUGAUAUAUAAAUGAUAAUUAUUAUAAUGAAAUCUCUAGCUAAUUCUGUUUAAAUUUAAACAACUUAAAUUUUAAAACAUAAAUUUCACAAAUUAAAUUAAUUUUUGGUUCUCAAUUUAUAAAAAUUGGAAUUUUUCUAAAUUUAUAAAAAAAAAACUCCGUUAGCGAACAAUUCUUUUGUUCGCUCACGGAGGGGGGAAUUAGCUAUUAAUAUCGUUUAACGUCCAAUAUCGCAUCACCUGUACUGGAUUUACGCUCUUACUCUGGGAUACCCCACCGCCUUGCAUCCUACACCGUCUGGCCUUUGUAUGAAUGGUCUCUCAGCUUCGUCCAUUUAGAUUUUGACAGCUGUUUUUCAAUUUCUCGAAUAGGCACACUAAGCGCCCCAUCUCGACUCCUUGGGGUUAAUGACACACUUUCGAAAAAUCAUUCACCCUGGGAUGGCAUCCGAAUUUUCACAUCCUCUUGCUAAAUAUUCUAUCUUUGCCGAAAUAAUUCACUGGGUAAAGCCAAACCUCAUCAUCCUCAUUAUCAAAAUUUCCAAAGAAUAUAUUCUAUUCGGAGAACAGAAAAGUCAGAUUUUGAUUAUCACAAAAGAUUUACAAAAUCAAGAUUAUCUGUCAGAUCUUAAAAACAGCAAAGAAAAAUUGGAAAGAGAGUAUCAAUCUUUAGAAGAGUGUUACAAUGCUUCAGUUAAAAAUAAUGAAGACUUGAAUGAGAAACUCAAUGACUUAAUUAAUGAAAAGCAGUCUCUUCAAGCGUUAAUUGACUCUAAGCAAGUAGAAAUAACUGAAAAAGAAAAUGAAAUAAAUAUACAAAAAUCAAUAUGGCAAGAAAAGCAUGAAAUGCUGAUAGACCAAUUAAAUAAAAAAGAAAGCGAAAUCAAAAAAAAUGAAGAUGCUAUUGGAAAUAAUAAAUUAUUAUUUGAAGAAAUUUCAUCAUUAAGAGAGAGAUUAAGUUAGAGAGGGUUAAAACGGGUUUAUUUCAGCCCCUGAUCCAAUCGAACUUCAGCUUCACUCUCGUGUGGCGUUAAUCACUAAAGCUACCUAACGCCAUUUUCUGUUGAUAUCGAUAAAAUGGUGACGUCGACAUCUUUCGAGGAGAUUCAUCCGAACCUGCCUGGACCAAAAAUGUCUAGCAAUGGACUCUCUUAACUCUUGAUAGUGCUCAAGGUAUGAGGAAAGCGUCUGAUCCCUCCUUCUGAAACUGCUUCUGCAAUUAGCAUAAUGCUGCUAGAUUGAUGUUGCACCGCCGGUCUUCUUGUCUGUGGGUCGAAGGGAAGUCUAGCUAGUCCAGAACGCACCCGGAAUUCUACCACCUGUGACCCCGUGGCCUUUCUUAUUUUUCUGGCAAAAAUUUUUGAGUUCAUCCUGUCUCUACUAGGCAUGCAAUGAUGGCAAAAUUCAUUAUUAAAAGAAGAAAUUGAAUUAUUAAAGAAUGAAAAUACACUUAAAGAUGAGAAAUUAAAAGAUCUAGAAGAAUUACGCGAAAUCAAUGAUAAUUUGAAUUCAAAAAUAGAAGAAUUAACUCUCUCAGUUGAGGAUUUAAGAGAAGAACAAUUAUGACUCGAAAAAAAAAAUAAAGAACUGGAAAUACAAAAUGUUUUAUUAAAAAGAGAAAAAGAAAAAUUGGCCUUUGAAGCAAAAAACCAAAAGGAAAACGAUGGAAUAAGUGAAAAGCUAAAAGAAGAUUAUGAAUAUCUGAAAAAUAAAAAAUUAGAGUUAACUAGAGAGCUUGACGAACUUAAAUUAACAUACAGUAGAGAACAAUUAAAAAACUCUGAAAAGGAGAAAUUAUUGGCUAAAGAUAUUUCUGAUUUGGAAAAUAAUAAUAAAAAUUUAUUGAAAGAUAUUGCUGCUAAAAAUAAAGAAUUAGAAAAUUUUGGAAAAUAUCACAUCAUUAUAGUUAUAGUUAACUACUUAAUUUCUGAUCAGAAUUCAGGUAUCUGAAUUUACCGAGAUCACCCAAUGUCGUCGCAAGAUGGCUGAGCUAUUGUUGGAGUUACUGUAUGGAUCUCAUCCUCCAGAUUUCAGAGUCCUUUUCUCCAGUUGUUGCCGAUGACACGUGAACGGCCCAUGCUGUUAGAGUCCGUAAGUUUGGGACUAGCUCGCUGCUUAUUCCUUCUCAGCAUAAACUGAUUCAUCGCCAAUCGUUUUCUUGACCCUCUGCAGGACAUCUGUGGCCAAGUGCUGUGACAGGGGAAAAAGCUCAUCUAGAAGGAAAAAAAACGUUUAACCUACCCCCACAGAGGGAGGUAAAAAUAUCACAUCAACUUUUGAAGAAUAUAAGAGAAAAAAUGAAAUUUUAUCGCAAAAAAUAGAAGAAGAUAAAGAAGCCAUAGAGCUCUUAAAUAGAGAAAAAUUGGAUUCAGAUCUAAAGUAUCAUCAUAAUAAUAAAAUGGCUUCAGUUGAAAAGGUAAUUCUCCCGUUAUUCUUUUGAGUCCCUUGUUUUUAUUAUAGGUUUAAAUUUUAGCAUAGAUUUCAUGAGAAGAAAAUGGCUAAGAUUUAUUUUGUCUAAGAUAUUACCUCUUUCCAUUUGUCGAUAUACAUGACAGGACCUUAAACCAAACAGACACAUAAAGCGCUAGUAUUUUUUCUGUAUUUAUAGUUGAUUGGCAUUAGGGGAGAUGAGCGGCACUGCGAUGCCUACACAUAGAGUGAUUGCAGCGGAAAAAUAGAAAGAGGGAAUCUGGUGAGGCUAAGUAUCGAGAAGGCUAGCUCGAGGUUAAGUUAAAUUAAGUAAUAUAUGACGAAUAAAAGUAUCAAUCAUUGCAAAAUGAAAAAUUAGAACUUAUUAAGCAGAACGACGAGGAAAAAUCAGAUCUCAACUCAAAAAUCAAUGAUUUAGGCCAGCAACUCCUUCAAGCUAGACAAGAAAAUGAAUCAGUUAUUGAGGACUAUUUAAAACUAAAGGAAACAGCAAAUGAGCUAAAUUCUCAAAUUAAUAGACAUGGAAGCCUAUUAUUAGACAACAAAAAUUUAGAAAGCAAGCUAUUAAUUAUUGAAAAGGAAAAUCAAGGAUUAAAUGAAGAAAUAGUGAAAAAGGAUAAUGAAAUUAACUAUAUAAAAGAAACAUACAAUGACAAAAUUAAAUCCUUAAACAAUCUCAUUGAGGAUUCAAAAAAUGUAUUAAAUUCAAAGGAAGUAGAAAUAGAGAAAAAAAAUGAAAUAAUUCAAGAUUUGAAUUAUCAGCUUCAAGCCAGGAUUCAAGAACUAAAUGCAAAUGGUGAUUUAAUAGCUCAAUACGUUGAAGAAAUCCAAAGAAAAGAUAUGGAAAUUCUUGAGUAUGAAGAAAUUAUUAAAACUAUUGAUGAAAAAUACGAAACGAAAAUAAAAGAAAUUUCUGAUAAGUAUUCAGCAGAAAUAAAGGGUAGAGAUUUGAAAAUUAUAAGGCUUGAAGAAGAGAGUCAAAGAAUUGAAUUAGAGCAUCAUAAUUUAUUAGAAGAGUACGACAAAUUGCUAAAUACUAAUAUGGAUUUAGAAGAAAAUAUUGAAAAAUUAAAUGAAAAAAUCCAAAAUCUUGAAGAUGAAAUAAAUAAUUCUCUCAAUCAAGCAAGCCUAGGAGAAAUAGAUAAAGAAUUUUCCAUCUUAAAUGCUAAAAUCGAAGACUUAGCAACACAGCUUGAUAAAGCAAAACUAGAUAUAGAUGAAAAGAAUGACAUCAUAAACAAUCUGAGUUCAGAACUAGAAAAGACAAGGGAUUCAUAUGAUUCAUUGAAAAAUGAAAAUUCUUAUAUUAUUCAAAAUUAUGAAAAAAUCGAAGUAAUUAUAAUGUAGGCUGAAUAUGAAAUACUAUUGGAAGAAUUUAAUGCAAUAAAAAAUUCUUCAGAUGUUUUACCAGGAAAUGAAGAAGAAAUAUCAAAGCUUAAAGAAGAAGUCUCUAGGAAAACCAUAGACUUAGAUAGCACUCAUGCAGAAUUAAAUGUAUUGGUUAUUUAGAAUAUAAAAGAAAGAUUAAAAGAGAGUUUAAUUGAUAAUAUUGACCUAAAAAGUAAAAUUAGAGAGAUUGAGAUUAAUAAUCAAGAAAAUCAAGCACUUUUAGAUAGGAUUUCUGGCUUAGAAAAAGAAUUAUCGGAUUAUCAAAAUCAAAUUGGAAGCUUUGAGAAGCUAAAAAGUGAGUUAAAUGAUGCAAAUACGCAAAAUGAGAUGAUGAGAAAAAAGACUGUUGAAUAUACAAGUUUGAUUGAAGAUCUCAAGUAUCAGCUAAAAGCACAAGGGCCGAAUACCAAAAAUUAUUAUGAAAACCAAAUUAAUUUUUUAGAAGAAACUAACUAUGAGCUUCAAAAUGAACUAGAUGAACUUAGAAAAAUGUAUAGUGAGGCUUCAAGAAAUGAAUAA